GGAACUGUGCAUACGAAUUUUUGUGGUUGGCGAGAACGAAUUGGAGGGUGGUCUUUCGACUAUCAUGCUGAUACCGGAACUCAGGAAGGUUGUCAAAAGUUGUUUGUAUAGGGUAUGAUGGAUUAAGAUUUAUGUCGAUGAAUCCUAUCAUCAAACUGAAAGUGUGCGGUCCGAGGUUGACGUUUAGUUUGGGCCUUGAGUAAUUUAUGUUAUGUUGUGUUUGUGAAUAAAAUGCUAUGCAGUUUUAUAGAAUCUAAAACUAAAACAAACUGAGCUAGGUCAGUUCUGUUGAAUGAGCGGUUUUCUCUUCUGCCAUGGAUCAGGCAAGCGUGUUACCCGUGUGUCCUCCGAAUCAGUUCUGUUGAGCUAGUUCGAUAUGAGGAUGCAGUUAUUUGUUCCUCUCUUUUUGUUGUUGUUGUUGUUGUUGAUUUGUUCUUUUCUGCUUGAUAUUGUGUCUAUGAAGUUGUUUUUCAUCACCAACAACAGCUUAGGCAGAUUAAGAUGGUUUUAAUGGAAUAUAAGCUUACCUGUUACUUGGAAUGUUAAAGCAUUUGUGCAGUUCUAGGUUUCAUGGAAUCUCUUCAUAUACUGUUGCACCUGUACCUUCUAACUCAUUGCAAUAAUGUGAAGGAGAAAACGGCAAAUCUAAGUGACCUUUUAUAGUGGUUUUUGAUGGCAUUAAAAAGGCGAUAUUUUUGGCUUGCUGUUGUUAGGAAUAUAGGGUCCUUUACUUAUAUGUUGGUAGAGUCCUAUUUGUGUACUCCUCACAUACUCAUAUAUAUUGCUCCCAUGGGGCAACUAUUGAAUACAAGUGCUAUUUAUGAGAGCCAUCAGUUAUCUCCUAUUCUGUCUUAUUGAGAGGAUAUGUUUAUCUUGUACAGUCAAGUUUCAAAAUUUUGCUUUGUUAGGGAAAAACUGAAGUUUUAUCUCUUUAAUAUUUUUAAUAGGUUAACCAUGAGGCUAUUACCAUUAUAGAUAUUUGCUAGGUAGGGGAUAAUAUACUUGGCCUAUAGUGAUUGUUUGCAUGUAAGAUAAUUAUUUAAUACUAUUAAAGAUAUAAUAUGCUAACCAUAGGUAUGCUAUUACAAGCAGGAGGAUAUAUAACGUCUAUUGCUCAUAUAUGUUUAUGAAAUGUCUAUUCAGGAGCAAAUUUCCAACGCAUUGCGUUAUAUUGGAUGGCAGGUAGCCUCAUUAAGUGGGGAUGGUGAGUCAAUUUUUGCUGGUUCUGUGAUGAGAUAACAGAGGCCUACAGUGUAAAGCACCUUGCUGGGACAUGUGGCAUUCCAGCACUGUCCUUGGAUCCCACCAGACUGCCUGUCUGCUCUUGAAGAUGUGGAGAACAAUUUGGGUCUAGGGCUAAAGAUCUAAGGUUAAGAAUGGAUUGUUGUGCCUUUCAGUGCUUCUCUUCUCGGGUUAAAUUUAUGAUCGAUGGUGAUUUCGUGCCGCUCCCUGAGAGUAGCCUAAGAAGUGCUAUAAAGGAGAACUAUUUCAAAGGGAAGUUCAGCCCAGAGCUUACCUCUACACAAGUUGAGAAAUUGAGCUCAUUGUUUCAACCAAUUACUUUGCUUCCAAAAUCAUCACCCCCACAUGAUGUUGAUAACUGGCCUCCUGCUCCGGCUUCUCAGCCUCUUUCAAUUCAUCUGGCACAGCCACCUCCAACUACCUAUUCUGCUCCAGCCACCUCCAUGGCGAGCCAGUCCUCACUUCCCGAACCCACCUCCCCACUGCUGCACAAGCAAAUGCACUCCUUGGCAGUGGUAGCAGAGGACCAUGCCCACCCUGGAGCUUUCUCCACCACCGCUGCUUCACUGGCAGGUUUCAUCUUCAUGUGCAGCGGUGCCACAAAGCCCGACUGCUACCGCCACCGGGUGCUUGGCCUGCCACGGGGGAGUCUGGAGGCUGUCUCCCGGAUCCGGUGCGGGGCAGCGCUCUUCCUAUACGACUUCGACACCAAGCACCUCUACGGGCCCUACCAAGCUGACUCUGACGGUGGGGCUGACCUUGUUCCCAGUGCCUUCCGUGGCCGCUUCCCUGCCCAGGUUAAAUUUAUGAUCGAUGGUAAUUUCAUGCCCAUUCCUGAGAGUAGCCUAAAAAGUGCUAUAAAGGAGAACUAUAGCAAAGGGAAGUUCAGCCUGGAGCUAACCUCUACACAAGUUGAGAAACUGAGGGCAUUGUUUCAGCCAAUUACUUCGCUUCCACAAUCAUCAUCCCCACAUGAUGUUGAUAACUGCCCCCCUGCCACUGCUUUUCUGCCGCCUCCAGCACUGCCGGCACAGCCACCUGCCACUGCUUGUCUGCCGCCUCCAGCACUGUCGGUACAGCCACCUGCUUAUGCAAAUCAUCCAACUGCCUAUGUUGCUCCUCCGGCUGCUCAUUUAAUGCCACCUGAAGCCUAUGCACCUCCAUGUUCUUAUACUCAACCCGCUAUGCGUACUUAUGAUGUACCAACAACUGUGUAUGGUUAUCAAGCUGGAUAUGCAGCAUCUGAUCCUACCUAUCCAUAUGUGGAAGCGCCCCUUCCAUUUCCUCUUUAUGGCCAAUACUCCAUGUCACAGCAUGUUCUAGCUCCUGUCUAUUCUACUGCUUCCUAUUAUCAGCAUGAUCCAUAUCAACCUGGCAAUGUCAAUUCUUAUUAUCAGCAAAGCACAAACGAGAGAGCUGCCUAUGUUGCUGGGCAUGACAUGGAUGCAGCAAACUUGCAACAUGUCGGGUAUUAACAGACUUGUAAGCCAUCAGCGGUUUGGUCUUUUUGGUGAAUCAGCCCCAGCAGGAAGUUACAUACACCGUUCAUGCAGCUGGCAGCAGCACAAGUGGAGCUGGCUCGGUGGGUCCUAUGCAUGCAUACCAGCUACACCAGGGUGCCAGUGAUUGCUAUUUCAAGUUCUGAAAGCAUGAUUGUCGAAGCAAACAGCACUGAUAGGCUGUUAUAACUUAUGCUGACCAAGGAACUGGGGACACUGACACUGAUGGUGGUGUACAGAGUUCAGAUCUUCUGGGUUCAUUAGAUAGGUUCUUCUGACUGGGUUGCUGCUUCUGCUAAAACGAUAUAGAUGUAAAUAUGUUAAGCUGUUAGUGAAAACAGCUUUUGGGUGGCAAACUAAUGGCCUAAUGCACAAUUUGGCAUCAAACCUCUCAAGCCUUGCAUUUUACAGUUGAGC